GACAAUAAAUUAAUUAAUAAAAAACAAUUAAAAUGAAUUUUCUAAAGUUAACUCAAAGUAAAUUAGACUUAAACGAAAUCAAUGCUCUUGUGGUCCACGAAACAUGCGGUGGAGUAUCAUUUUUCAUUGGCACUACGAGGGAUUCAUUCGAGGACAAAAAGGUGACGUCACUCGAGUAUGAAGCCUACGACACAAUGGCUAUGCAAACUCUUACCAAAAUUUGUGAUCAAAUGCGAGACAAAUGGGACGACAUACAUCACAUAGCCAUCUACCAUCGGCUCGGUCUAGUGCCUGUAAAAGAGGCGAGUGUAAUCAUUGGUGUCAGUUCACCACAUCGGAAAACUAGCCUAGAUGCUGUUCAAUAUGCCAUCGAAGAACUGAAAAAAUCGGUACCGAUCUGGAAGAAAGAGCAAUACAGCGAUCCCGAAGCUAAGAAAAGUGCUAAACGGAAAUUGCCACAAUUAAAUUUUGACGAUUGUCAAGUAGACGACGAACCAUUGCCAAAAUGUUUAGUACAAAUUGGUGUCGAUGAGGCGGAAGUUCAACGUAGAGUGUCUUGCUUCGUGGACCGGAAGCGGGAAGAGAUCGACAUCAACAAUAUCAGGGACUUUAUAGACAAUGAAAAAAUGAAUACAGAAGCCGAAUGUUCAUGUGCCAGGAUAAACAGCACCGUUUACCGAAAGGGAGUCGGAAGUCAUUUAAAAGUGCAUCGCGUUCGAAACGAGUAUGGACCGCAAACGAAUACCGAAGAAUAUACUGGCACAUUGGACAAAUUGAUGUCCACAUCACCGAGCAAAAUCAAACAAGAAAUGCCAUCAGUAGCACCGUCCCGUAUCGAAGAAAGGCUAGUAAAUGCUGAACGAUUCCUCAAUGUUAAAACUGAAGUCAACCGAAACAUUUACGAACGGAUCAAAAGUAUCGAAGAUCGCAUUCUACAUUUGGAAACAGUGUCGCCGGAGUAUAAUCACUUUUUGCAAAAAAACACUACCGGCAUUGCAGUCAACACACCCAAAAUACAAAAGAAAACUUAUACGGCUGCCGAACUGGAGAAGUAUAUAUUGGAUAUGGAGUGACUUUAAAUUGGUGAGCAGCCAGUGAAUAUGUCUUUUCUUCAAGUUGGUCACUCACUAUUGAAGAUUGUUGGCAGUCUGUGCAGCGAAACCAUUUUCCUUUACGAUAAAACAAGUGUCAGGUGGUCAUCAUCACUAGAAUCAAUGUUUUAAAAAUGUCUGUCAAACCGAUUUAGUAGAAUAAUAUUUCCAGUAUCACUCA